CGAACCGAUGAACAUUUGCAAAAAGAAGAGAUUAACAAGCUAAUUAAGUCCUCAAUACCUGGUUACGAUCCUCAAAAUAGUUCUUUUAAUGAAUUUUCACGUUGGAAAAAGUUUUAUAAUCAUAUCGUUUUAUUAAUAAUAGAAAAUCCUAAAUUACAAGAGAAUAAUAUUUCAACUGAUUUUUGUUUUAAUCAAUUUAUUGGGUUGGGACUUAUAGUAAACUAUCUAUAUCAAGUAGAAGAAGACAAUUUCAAAUCUUUUGUGAAUGAAUUUGAGCAAUAUUGUAUCAAAAAGUACUCUGAAAAAAAGGAUAAUAUAAAUUAA